UCUGACGUCAUCAACGUAGAACGGUACUGUUUGUUCUGGAUUUGGGGCGAGGAAGGUUUGCGAGCGCUGACAGCCUACUGAGGAAGGUGUGACACUCUGCCCUCUAUCAGUGUGUUGUGGUUUCCUUGCCCCCACAGCGUGUUGGCGUCAAACCUCCCGCAUUCCAUCGGGAAGUCGCCGCCUCACCAACUGAGAUAUGACCACACAAUUGGAUUAGACCAGAGCUGCACUGCAACAAACAUAGAGUCGAGUGAGGACUGUAAUGGCCUGAGGGGGGUCCCCCUGGUCCCACCGGCCCUUGCCAGGUCUGAUCUGCCCAAACUGUCUGCUCAGCCACUACACCCACAACCCACCACUGCGAUGGGGGACGGACUGGAGGCUUGCGGCAGCCAGAACCCUCCUUCUGCCCCACUGCCUCUUCCCUUCAACCCCCAACCCCCUGAAACAUGGAACCCCUCCAGACCCAAACGACAGACCAACCAGCUGCAGUACCUGCUAAAAGUUGUGUUGAAGACAUUAUGGAAGCACCAGUUUGCUUGGCCCUUCCAGGCUCCUGUGGACGCAGUCAAACUCAAUUUGCCAGACUACUAUAAGAUCAUCAAGAAUCCUAUGGACAUGGGCACGAUAAGAAAACGUCUGGAGAACAACUACUACUGGAAUGCGCAGGAGUGCAUCCACGACUUUAAUACAAUGUUUACAAACUGCUACAUCUACAACAAGUCUGGGGAUGAUAUUGUCCUAAUGGCGGAGGCCUUGGAAAAGCUCUUUCUCCAGAAGAUCACAGAGAUGCCACAGGAAGAGAUAGAGAUCGCUGUGCUCACCAAGGGACGCCGCGGAGGGAGACGGGAGUCGGCUCUGAUCACAAAGUCAGACUCAGGCCAAGACUCAUCGUCCCCCUCCACCACCCCACAUACACUAGGCUUCUCAUCCUCGUCAGCCACCCCACAGACCCAUGCCACACCCACCUCCCAAGUCCUGCCUCCUCUGCCCCUGGCCCAGCCUCAGCCUCCCCCACGUGUGCCUCCUACGCCCCCUUCCCACACACCCCAUCUGGGACCCCAGUUUCCCCUCUCAACUCCAGAUGUCUUGGCCCAGGGCAUGACCUCUGUUCCCCCUCCAGCUCCAACACACCCAGGCCUUCAUCCUGCCCCGAUGCUGCAGAGCUCUCCCGCCCUCAUCAAGCAGCAAAGGAAAAGCCAGAAGAGGAAAGCAGACACCACCACCCCCACAGCUAACGACCAGCUCAGUGAAUCCUCCCCCGUCUCUGCUGAGGCUCGGCCGCGCCGAGAGAGCAGUCGCCCAUUAAAGCUACCGAAACGAGACGCAUCGCAGCCAGACUCUCAGCAUCACCUGGGUGGUGGUUUGGAGACAGGAGGGACGAUAAUGCCGAAACGUCAGGAGCAGUUGCGUUUCUGCGCACGCCUAGUCAGGGAGAUGCUGUCGAAGAAGCACGCAGCAUAUGCUUGGCCUUUUUAUAAGCCUGUUGACGUGAAAGCUCUUGGUCUCCAUGACUACUAUGACAUCAUCAAACACCCGAUGGAUCUUGGCACCAUGAAGAAAAAGCUGGACAACAGACAGUACAGAGAUGCUCAAGAAUUUGCAGCAGAUGUCAGGUUGAUGUUCUCCAACUGUUACAAGUACAAUCCUCCAGACCACGAUGUGGUUGCCAUGGCGCGCAAAUUACAGGAUGUGUUUGAGAUGCGUUUCGCUAAAAUGCCUGAUGAGCCAGAGGAGCAGGCCCCUGUUCCCACCCCCUCAUCGGCUCCCCACCCCGCCCCCUCCACUCGACCGGCCACCUCCUGCUGUCUUGACGACAGUUCCAGUUCCUCUGAAUCGGAGUCCUCGGGAGGAGACUCAGAACAAGAAAGGAAACAGCGGCUGGCUGAGCUACAGGAACAGCUUAAAGCUGUCCACGAGCAGCUGGCAGCACUCUCCCAGCCGCAGACAAGCAAGCCCAAGAAGAAAGAGAGGGAGAAGAAGGAGAAGAAGAAAGAAAAGCACAAGAAGAAGUUGGGUCCAGAGGAGCCUCUGGAGGCUCCUCCCCCUGCGCUGCUUCAGACUUCCAAGAAAAGCAAGAGUGGAAAGGAGCCAGUCAUUGCGAAGAGGGAGAGGAAGAACCCUGGUAAGAAGGAAGGAAUUAAAAAUAGUCGCCCAGCUGUGCCCCCUGAGCCUGGACCCACCCCUCUCGUUCCCUCAGCCUCUCUCGAAGUAGAGGAUGACAUGGAUGUGUUUGGGGGCGUGUCCGACGACAGAUGCAAGCCAAUGUCUUAUGAGGAGAAGCGCCAGCUGAGCCUGGACAUCAACAAGUUGCCCGGAGAUAAACUGGGUCGUGUUGUGCACAUAAUCCAAACACGUGAGCCUUCACUGAAGAACUCCAACCCGGAUGAAAUCGAGAUCGACUUUGAGACGCUGAAGCCCUCCACACUGAGAGAGCUGGAGAAAUAUGUCUCCAGCUGCCUCAGGAAGAAGAAGAAGUCUUCAGUAGAGAAGCCUCAGGAAAUGACAAAUGUGACAAAGAUGAUGACAGGAUCUUCAUCUUCCGGCAGCAGCGACUCCUCCGACAGUGAAGACUCUGAGAAUGAUUCCGGUCUGCUUCCCACGCUGUCUCUGCCUUCAGGGCUGGUUCCCAAGCAGCAGAAGACCUCAACUAACAAAGACAGCAAAAGACCACACCACCAGUCCCUCAGUAGCGGAGCUGGCCCAGUUGGACCUCAGACUCAGCCCCAAGUGGUCCAGUCCAAACCACCAUUUGUUCCCCCUGUCCCUGUCUCUGUCCCAUCUCUGGACACCUCCCAGCUGUUGACUUCAGGAUUUGAUCCUCUGGCCCACUUCAUGAACCCACACAUGACGCAGUCGAACGCAGAGUCCAAUCCAGCCAUUACUGCAGCUGGUGUCCCUGUCACCUCUGGCCUCCUCAACACAAACACACCCAGUAGUCAGACGCCCACUGAGACUCACCCUUUCCUAAACCAGCAUCCAAUUGUUCCUUCACCAGCGAUCCACAAUGCACUCCCCCAGCAACCAUCAAGACCUAGCAACCGUGCAGCACCACUCCCUCCCAAACCCUCUCAGCCUCCCCCAUCCUCACUCCCCUCUCUGCCUCCAUCCUCUUCACCUCAACUUCAGCCCACGCUUCCCCUCAACCUCCCCCAGCCCGUCCCCCGCCCUCGCGUCCCUUCACCCACAUCACAUGGUAUCUUGGGUACCCUCUCAGCACAGCCUCCCCAGGCGCUGCUGGAGGGCGAUGAAGAGCCAACACCCAACAGUUCUGAAAUGCCGCCCCUAAGUCAAGUCCACAACUUCCUGCAGUCACUCCAGGUGCGACCCACCAUGCAGACACAGCCGCUGCAUGUACACACGCAUUCGCCUGCGCGUGGUGCCCCUCAGCUGGUGUCAAUGCAUACACAGGCUAUGGUGACAGCCACCCCCUCCCUGACCCAGAGACAUAGCUCGGGCCACGCUCACAUGCAGCAGUCAGUCCCACAUAUGCACAUGUCAGCGUUGCAGCAGCAGCAGAAGGGAGUGGCUCUGCAGCAGAAGGUACAACAGAUGCAGCAGCAUCAACAACAGCCAUCACCACAGAGUAAAGCAGAGCCUUUCUCAUCAGGUUGCCUGCAUGAGAGCCCCUCUCCCCUGAUGAUGCAUUCUCCUCAGGUGCCUCAGUUCCACACAAUGGGACAGCAGUCACCCUCACAGACCAAGAAACAUGAGCAGAGGUCCAACCUGGUAGGGGUGAAAGAAGAGAAGCCUUCCCAGUCGCCAGUUCAGCCCCCAUCACCCUUUAGCCCGGCCACGCGUCAGGACGCACACAAGCCCGACAACAAACACAGAUUAGAUUUGAAGCCACUGGAUAGUUCUCGCCUUGGUUCUCGCCUCCCAGACUCCCCAGCCCCACCCUGCUCCCAGCAAGAUGACAAAAUCAAGCAAGAGCCCAAAACUCCCAUCGCUCCUAAGAGGAUACAGGAUGUGAAGUUAAAGAAUAUGGGUUCUUGGGCCAGCCUGGCUCAGAGGUCCCAGUCCACACCGGCUUCCUCUGUGCGUUCUUCCAGCGACAGCUUCGAGCAGUUCAAACGUGCCGCAAGGGAGAAGGAGGAGAGAGAGAGGCAGCUGAAAGCACAGGCUGAGCAGGCCAGGAGAGAACAAGAGAAACUACGCCGUGAUGACGAGGACACCAUGGAGCAAGCUCGUCGAGCACAAGAAGAUCCCCGCCGGCGCCAGGAGCAGCAAUCGCCACUUGCUCCCACUCCUCCAGCGUCAACCCCGCCCACUCACCCCCCACAGCCCCCCCCCACACAGCCACAAGCCACUUCCUCAGCUGUGCAGAAUGCUCUCGAUCAGCAGAGGGAGCUGGCACGCCGCCGCGAGCAGGAGAGGCGCAGGAGAGAGGCAAUGGCCGACACCAUCGACAUCAACUUCCAGAGCGACCUGAUGGCCAUUUUUGAAGAGAACUUAUUUUGAGAGGGAAAAAGAGGGUGAUGGGAGAGAGAGGGGGAAGGACCUAUAGACAAACACAAGCAGAUUUAAAAUAUGCGUAUAAACCACAAUGCUCUGAUACACAUGGACGCUGCUCACACAAAUGCACAUCUACACAGACCUAAUAGUAACUGUCCCUUUCUCUCAGUAGUUGAAACAGCUGGCUUGUGUCAUGUAAAUGAGAGGGGGGGGUGGAUGUGAAAUGGAAAUAAUUGACCCUCUUUUUUCCAACGUCAGAUAUGUUUUGGUGUCUGACGCAGAGUUUAUGGAUGUUCUGGGUCUCCAAAGACAUCUGGUUGAAAAUGGACAUUGAAAUGCAAAAUGGAAAGGAGGGGACAGAACCUUUACAUUAAAAAAAAAAAGAAUAAAUGGCUGUGAUGAUGAUUAUUUAAUUCAAGAAUUUAAGUGAACAUUAAGAAAACCAUGUUCUUUAACGUGUGAGGGGAGGGAAGCGGGUUGAAAAGGAACAGGUGAACAAAAUACAGACAGAUCACUUUUUGUUUUUUUCCUAACUCCAAAUCUCAUCUCUCUGUUAUUUUACUUUCAGCUGGAUUCUAACUGAGUGGUGGGUGGUAGGGGUUUGUCAGGCUCAGCGGUCAUCUGAGAGUCUGUUUUCUCAGGACACAGUGGGAAUGAAACCUCCCCGGCCACAGUCACACACUUUUUAAGACAUCCUUCCUCCCUUCACUUCCUGCUGCUUCUCUCUUCAAUCAGACAAAGAGAUGGUGGCAUCAGUGUUGGUGGUCUGUGUAGGAAGGACCAGUGGGAUUUUGAACAUUUUGCGUGUCCUUUGCCUUAGCGCACUGGCCUGUAAACUCACGACCACACCCUACAAAUGAAACAUAUUAUAAAUAGAUACAUGAAUAUAUAUAUAUAAAUAUAUAUUAUAUAUGACUCAAGUCAAGGGAAAAGAAGAAGAGGGAUUUGGAUAGCGGGGAGCAAAGGUCAUCUGUGUUCAUCUCUGAGCUCUGGUUUUGAUUUUGUAAAAUUUACUGUAAAGAAGAAACUUUUUUAUGAUUCUGUUGAGAGGAUUCUUUCGUCUUGGUCUCUCUCAUACCUUUUAUGUUUUUUGUUUUUGUCAAUUCUAUGCCAAAACCAAACUGAGUGCUGAAAGUUCAUUCACUUUUUUACAUGUACAAUGCAUCUUCUUUUCACUUUAUAUUAAAGGCUAUGUUUUUAUUGCUAUUUAAUUUUCCUUUAUCCCCUUUAAAUCUGACGUUAUGCAGUAGUUUGCUCUGUAAUAGUCUGAAGAAGCGGUUCCAACAUCAUCACUGCUUCACUAGCCCCCAUCAUUCUGUUGUUGUUCUGUAUUUGCACUUAACUGUUUUAUUAUUUUAUCUUCUGUCUUUCUUCUCUUCACGUACAUUUUUUCCCUUUUCUUAGUCGUCUUGUCCAGCCUGUCUUCUCCACAGCUUCUACAGUCUGUAUAAUAGCUGCCUAUUUGUCAUUCUGUCAUUUAAUUUUUAUUUUUGAAACAUUGUGGGAUGUUGUGUGCCAUUGUGUUUUUGUGGAAGCAGGGGCGUAUUUAAGGUUUCCAUAGUUUGGCCCAGAGAUCCUGAGUGUUUUCUGUUCUGUAAUCACUUUUUUAAAAACGUUUCAUUCAUUCAUUUCAUUUCCUUUUUCAUAUUUGACUGUUUGAGUUUAUUUUGUUUUCUUUUCCUUUGCUCUUUUAUUUUGAUUUUAGUUUACCCAGAACAACCUGUUGGUAUGUUGGUGAGUGAGGCAUUGAGGUCAAUAGAUUCAUCUUGUUCAGAUUAUGGAGU